AACAACGGCGAAUUUCCUGAAGCACUACAAGUAUUCGGAUUCUUUCUCAUGGUAAGAUGCUUUUCGGUAAGCUUCACGUCAUCAAACGCGAUGGCGGCAUGGGAUCAGAAUAUCCCAUCACGGAAAAGAUCGUCAUUGGCAGCCAUCCUUCAGUGAACGUCAGGCUCAAUGUUGAAAACGUCUCCGAGCGGCAGUGUCGAAUCGUCCCUGAAGCCGCAACCAAAACUCUCCACCUUGAGGUACUCGACGCAGUGCACGCGACAUCAGUCGGCGGGCAGCGUCUUAAUUCGGGCGAGCGUAGGAAGCUCGAGAACGGGGACAUAGUUGUCGUGGGGAAUCGACGCUUCAAAAUCAUGUACCCCAAAACAAAUUCCGACCGAAAGCAACGGACUCCAGGUCUUGCUGUGUCAAGUUCGCGAUCAGCGCAAAAGAAGCGGAAGAGCAUUUUCGACUCCACUCCUCCCAUACAAGCGAAGACCCCAGGUACUCCUCGGGACGAGGCCAGACCCGAUCUGUCCUCCUCUGCAGCGACCGCGUCCACUGAAGGCAUGAAAACUCCUCCGAAAGAAAUGCAACCGAGAGCAUCCCCGAGACAACUGAAGGGCAUUCUGAGCGCGAAGAAAAAUAUUCUUGUCACGCGAACCCCGACUAUGUCCCCGAAAGUUGUCCGUUGGGGCAGUCCCAAGUACAAAUCACCUUCAUCCCCUGGGACGAAACCGACCAAAGCGCCUCGGAAUAGUACACCAGCUAUCGUAACGCGAUCCCCUGUCGUGGCUAUGAGGAAACGCAGUUUCGGCACAUUGGACGAAAAAAUCAAGAAACUCGCUGCUCUUCCCGCGCGCCGUAGAAGUUCCACCGGUCCGAGCGCCAAGCCGGACACUUCAAUUGUUGACGAAGUGCCCGAAACGCCUGAGACUUCUCACCUCGUGACGGAUGAGCUCUCUGCUGUCACAGACACUCCGAAACAUGACUUGAUCAUCGCAACGACCGCCCGUCGAUCUUCAGGAGCAUCGUCUUCUUCAGAAAAGCAACGAAAUUCCGCCAAGAUGAGCCUCUCCAGUUCCCGACGAUCCGAACCGAUAAAGGCACCAUCGAUUGCAACUCCCAAUUCAUCGAAGAGGUUUAGCACUUCUAAUCUCUCCACGGUUUCGUCCACAUCCAGCGCGUCCCGUAGGAGUCGAUCCAAUCAGAGCUUCAGGGUUUCGCCCAUCGCGACCCCAAAUGCCGUCGGGCUGAAACGAUUGUGUUCUAAAUCUCUGAGGGUUUCAUCGAGUCGAUCGUCGACCUCUUCGACAUCUUCUCGCAAGUCCCGGCAAAGUUUCAGGGUCUCUCCUUCCGUUGCGGAAGUUCUCUCUUCGACUAUGGCUGCGAGCCCUAAUCUUGUAGCGAAUGGGACGACUCAGCCUGUCGACUCGUUUGGUAGCCUCAGCGUCUCGGAGGCUGAUCUGUCAAUGUUCGACGGAACUUUGAUAAACGAUGCUAAUGAGAACUCGACUCUCAAAGAGAGGAGAUCCUCCGGAUCCUCGUCCAGACAGAGGAAUCGUGUCAGUCGCUCUCCGAAAGGUGAAUCCCUCAUGGAAGUGGAUGAGUUCGCAGUAGGUGCUGAAACAGAGCUGGAGACUCCGGUGGGAGAAACUCCCGAAAUUCCUCAAGCAGCCGACAAUGAAGUCGACGCAGAUUCUGCGUCUGUAUCCUCCCGAAGGAGCAGUCGACUGUCCAGCGCGUCCUCGGGUAAGGUAUCUGAGAACGCCGCCCCCGCGAACGAAGCCGGGACGGCUGCGACCAGCUCUGGGAACCAGGAGAACAAGGAACCGCUCAAAAAAACUUGGGCGGGAGUCUUGAAGCGGAGCAUUGCUUCGGGCAGUCCCUUCAAAGUUAACCAGCGCAAGAGCUUCAGACUCAGAUCGACGGUCAAGAAUAGCGUCGCGAAAACUCUGAAGAAAAAUCAGCUCCAGAGAGCGUUGAGCACUGAGAUCGUCGCCGCCUUCUCAACGACGGGACACGCGCUUUCACCACAGACCAUCUACAUCAACAAGAAACUGAAUAACGGUUCCACUCUGGAGGCGAAAACGACCCCGAAGCGAAACUCUUCGCUACUAAACAAAACACAUGACAUCGAAUUGGAGAUGUUUGUUUCUCCAUUCAAUACCCCUGACAACUCCGAGGCUCUGGAACGUGCGCGCGACUUUGUGAAGAGGUUGCCUUCAACUCGCAAACCCAAGAAUCCGGACGACGACGCUUCUCUAUCCGUCUCUCCGGGGGAAACUUCAAAGCCGAGGCGAAGCGGGAGAAGCUCGGGGACUUCCGAGAUCGCGAACGAAGUUCCGGCGAGCGACGCUCGUGACACCGUAGAGGAGUGUGGACUGGGAGCGGAACCCGACACGACGAGAUCGUCCUCGAUCUCUUCGCGAAAGAGCACUAACUUACAGGGCGUCAAAAAACUUCUCGCGACGCCCAAAGAAGUCAAAAGCCCGAGAAAUGACCUCGACUGCGACAUGAGGGGCCUGAAGAAGAUGUUGGCCACUCCGAAGCUCACCCGCUCUCCUGAGAACAAUCUGGACACGGAUUUCCGUGGGGUGAAGAAACUUCUUAGUACACCGGGGAACGUCUCUUCGCCCAAGAAUGAGCUCGAUGGCAGCUUCGGGGGAGUCAAGAAGUUGCUUCGAACCCCCAAGGCAGUGGCAUCACCCAAGAACGAGCUCGAUGGGAACUUCACUGGAGUGAAAAAACUCCUGCGGACCCCGAGGGAAGUUGUUCCGCCCAAAAAUGAACUGGACGGAAACUUCACUGGGGUCAGGAAGCUACUGAGAACACCGAAAGAAGUCGUAUCCCCUAAGAACGAGCUGGAUGCGAACUUCACCGGCGUCCGGAAGAUGUUGCGGACACCGAAAGAGAUUAAAUCGCCUGAAAAUAAUUUGGAUUGUGAUUACCGAGGAACAAAAAGGCUAUUCAAAACUCCCGAGUGCGCAGAAGAACGCGACGGUCUCGGACCGAACGAGUCCGCCCUCGAAGGGGUUCGAGAGCUCUUGGAUUCGGCGACCCCGAAACGGAAACCUCCGUCACCUGUUGAAUCGAAAGCCAAGCGUAGGAAGCCUUCAACAGCAACAAAAGAGAGCGAGGAUCUCCCGGUGAAGGUCUCUGAGAAGAGUCAUCUCGAUAACGUCAUUCAGGAGGAGGAGUUCACCUCCAGAUCACCGAUGGCGAGGAGCCGAUCAAAACGAGGCGAAAAAAUUGAGCUUUUGGAGCCGCUAGCGGAGACUGAACCCACGAAAGCGAAGACGCCGACGAAGAGCGGGUCGAAGAAGACUGCGACGAAGUCGAAAGCGUCGACGCCUGCGAAGAGCAAAACGACGAGGUCUAGAGGCAAGAAGGCCGAACAGCCCGCCGAUGCUGAAGAAAGGGUGCGACCGAUCGUAGAGAGUUCUUCUGAGCUCGCUACUGAGAGUCAGAACUCCGCGGACGAAACACAGGAGAAGCCAGAGACGAAAACACGGUCUACUCGACGCAAGAAGGUAGAAUUCGUUGAGUUGCCUGAAGCGAAAACUCCGACCGGCAGACGGGGCCGGAAGCCUAAGACGACGAAAACUGUGAAACCUCCAGGAGAUGAGUCGCUUCCUUCCGAAACUGGACAAUCAGAGCCCGAGUCGCAGCACUCCGAGAUCGAAACGAAUUCGAAACGAGUCCCGAAGAGGAGAACGAAGCGCCAGGCAGCCGAGAAAGGCCCUCAGCAUGAUGAAUCCGAGACAGUUGACGAAGACAAGUCGCCCGCGAAGAGGGCCGUUCGGAGUCGACGGCCGAAGGCUGCUGACAUCGAGACAUCUCAAGGGACCGAAACACCAGCCGACUCGGCAGCCAAGACACGCCGUAAAGCGACGAAGCCCAAGACCGCCUCGAAAGCUACAGCAGAGGAAGAGAAAACCGAAACGACGAUCCUCGAUCAGGGCAUCGAAGUCGUUGAUGAGGAGGAAAGCGCGAACAAGACGAAGCGUCGCGGUCGGAGAGCGGUCACGAAGACUGAAGAAGUGAAGACCGGGGAAACGGUCCAGCCGACCAAACGAUCCCGUGUCGUGAAAUCACGAGGGAAGAAGCAAGAAGCUGAGGCAGGGGAGGAGACCGCUCCUGAAGCCGCGACCGAGUCUGCCUCUGAAUCAGUAGUGGCAGACAUCGCUUCGGAAAAGGAAACCAAGAGCAGGAGCAGAAAGCGUAAAGUCCAACCAGAUGAGGGGAGUCCCUCGAAGAAAGUCGAGCCGAAGAAGCGCGCCAAGAAAGUCGAGCCUGAGGCACCCCCAUCCACCUCAUCGACGAGAGUGACGAGAGCACGUCGACGUUGA